AUGCCAUCUGAGACACUUCCUUCCCUAGCGCAUCGUGCUCGCACAAACAUCCAAUGGUUCACCAACAAGCAUAUGCGACAGGUCUCUCGGCUCAAUGCAAAACAACGCCGAGUCAAUAUGAUGACGGCAGAGAACUGGUCCGUCCGAGAGGAGCUCGUCGACCAGUACAAGGCGCUCUUCGCCCAACAUCUCUCUCCCCGCCAUCUGUCCUACGCAGAUGGCAUGGGUGGUGACGCACAGUUGCUGCAAGCCGCGUCGGACUUCUUCAACCGGGUGUUUGCCGCGCAUAGCCGCGUGGAGCAGGCCCACGUCGUCGUAGGGGCCGGAUGCAGCUCAUUGCUGGAGAAUCUGCUGUAUGACAUCUGCGAGCCGGGGGAGGGCGUGUUGAUCGAGACGCCGUUCUGGGGUGGCUUCGAGACAAGCUUCGUCCUGCGCUCCAACGUCACGGCUGUUCAUGUUACACCUCCAUCUGACAGUGAAUCUGGGGACCUGGAUCAUCUCGUGGCGACGUACAUUGAGUCGUACGAACGGGCUCUGCGUCGGGCCCCUUGCCGCAUCAAAGCCAUCCUCGUGUGUAACCCACACAAUCCAUGCGGUCAUGUCUACCCCAGGGAAGUAAUCCAGGCUCUGCUGCAAUUCGCCCAACGGCAUAAUCUAUUCUACAUCUCUGACGAGAUCUACGCCCUCUCCACCCUCGACGAGCGGAUGCCUUUCACCUCGGUGCUUAGCAUCGAUGUAUCCGCCCUGGGUGUAGAUCUGGCGCGUAUAUUCACGUUGUACAGUAUCAGCAAGGACCUAGGAAGUAGCGGCUUGCGACUGGGCUUCGGCAUCUCGCAAGCACAUCCCGACCUGCGUCUCUCCCUCGCCAUUUCGAACCAUUCCCGCGUCUCGACAUUCACCUCGCUGGUCAUCACCGCGCUGCUGCGCGACCCCGCGGCCAUCGAUACAGUCCUGCAUCAGAAUCGAGCCGCGCUGCAGCGCAGCACAAAGCUAAUCAGCGACUUUCUCGCCUUCCACCAGAUCCCCUUUGUUCCGCCGGCCGCGGGGGUGUACAUCUGGGCGCGUCUGGGACGCUCAGUGGCAGGUGAUGAGCCCAGCUGGGACGACGAGGCCCGUCUGAACGAUCGGUUCGAGGCGGCUGGUGUGUCUGUGGGCGCGGGACAAGGCUAUUGUGCUAGCGAGCCGGGAUGGUUUCGGAUUACGUUUGCGAUUCCGCGGGAGGAGCUUGUGGAAGGGCUGCGGCGGAUUGAAGAGGUGGUUGGAAUAGUGGGGAAGAAUUGGACGGAUUGA